AGUAGAUUCGUAGCGCUUGCUUUAAAAAGGUUCGUUCUUGUUGCGCGCCGCGAUCUUCAAUACUGUAACUGUACGCUGUAGAUCUCUCUUUCUCAUUCCCGCUCUCUUCGAGCAAUAGCAACCGGUCAAUCUGAUCAAGUUAGGUAGGUUUGGUACGAAGCGCGGCGAGCAAGUUUUACAAUUAAACUCCGCUGGGAAAAACCCAAACUGCUCAGUCUCUGUCGUCGCACUGCAAAAUGCUGCAACAUAACAUAGCACCAAAAAUCUACUACAUAAUGCGGUUUAAAAGAAGCCUAACAGUGAUCGCUUGUCUUGUUAUCAACUUCUGUUUGGUUUCGUCGAUUCCACAGGCUCAGAUUAAUCGUCAGAAUCCAACGAACCAAUUGUCUUCUGCUCGGGCUCAUCCAGCGUACAAAGAUGGACAGCGUGAACCGCCGGACGGAGUUUCAGAGCUGUUCGGUUUUCCAGCUGAUCCGUCAAUGAUCGAGUCAAUGCGCAAUGCUAGAAACCGAACCCCCGUUUACAUUCCCAACAAGUGCCUUGAAAAUGAAAUCCUCUAUCCGGGCGAUCAAGAAAGCGAUUGGGUCUGCGACUGUAAGCCAACGUACGUCUAUCAUCCACCAACUCGCAAAUGCUAUGAAAUGUACACACAAGGGUAUUGCGAAAAUGGUUUCAUGAUCUACCUGGCUCAAGGCGCAAAGAAACCGGAAUGCAUCCGCAACGACUGCUACAGGCCUGAUCCGAAAAUAUCCUGGGUAAUGUACAAUGGAACUUGUGUUCAGUUGAAUGAGUACCACCGUGGUUGUGACGUAGGCAAGCUGAAACAGUUUGUUGGAGUGAACGAGACUACACACGAGCUUGAUUGUAUGAAUAUCACUGGUGUAAAAAUGAAUUGAUCAAGUGUCGUAUUCAAGAAAAUAUUAUAAACUACUGUGGCAAUUUGAUUAUUUCGUAAUGCAAAUACUUUCAACCCGAAUACUGUAUUAGAUGUAAGGUUAAUUGUAUUUGUGGUGUCAUAUCAGACUCAGUGAAUACGCGUACUUUCAGUAAGUAAAAAUAAUCAAUUUAUAAAACGUUUUUGACUGAAGAUAAGUUCUUAAUAAAAUGUUGGCAUG